AUGGGCCCAUUACCUUCUAGAUUGGAUCACCGAAAAAUCUCACUUACAAAGCUUACCAAUGCAACUGAUGGAUUUAGUGAGGCUAACUUGUUGGGAGUUGGUAAUUUUGGAAAAGUGUUAAAAGGGGUUUUGAACGAUGGUACAAUGGUUGCUAUCAAGGUUCUUAGUUCGCAGAACGAACAAGUGUCCAGGAGUUUUGUUAGAGAGUGCAAUGUUUUGAGAAGAGUCCGACAUCGGAAUUUGUUUAGAAUCAUAACCACUUAUUCAGAUCCAGAUUUCAAAGCCUUGAUAUUACCUUUAAUAGCAAAUGGAAGCCUAAAUAAUUUUCUGCAUCCUGAAGGUCCACAAAAUUCAGAAGGGCACAUGCUUAGAUUGGAUUUAAUUCAAAGGUUGAAUAUAGCCAUAGACAUUGCACAAGCCUUGGAAUAUCUCCAUCACCAUUGUUUUGUUCAAGUCAUCCACUGUGAUAUAAAGCCCAGCAAUGUGUUGCUUGGUGAGGACAUGACAGCUUAUUUAACAGAUUUUGGCAUUUCAAGGUUAAUAUCUGGAAACUCCAUCAAUUCAUUCACUUCUACAGAUACACUAAAAGGAUCCGUUGGCUACAUGGCUCCAGAAUAUGGAGUGAGUGGGCGUGUUACUACAAAGAGAGAUGUCUAUAACUAUGGAAUUAUGUUAUUACAGAUGGUAACUGGAAAGAGGUCUACAGAAGACCUAUUCGUAGAAGGAAUGAACAUGCAAAAGUGGGUAAGUAGGAGCUUUCCAAAUACAAUAGCAGAAGUUGGUGAUAGCAGUUUACUGAAUGGUGUUACAAGCAGCGAGGAGGACAAGGUAUUGAACUGCCUUAGACAACUCAUAAGCAUGAGUUUCCUUUGCACAAAAGAAUCUCCUCAAGAAAGGGCAGCACAAGUUUUUAAGAUACAAAAAAUGAAAGCCAAACUUCUUCAUUUUAAUGUUGAGAGGCUUCCAACAGAUAAUUUUGUAAUAGUUGGUGUAGACCUUCCAAGUUUCCUGGUUGUCUGGGCUUGGUUUGGGAUUAGAACUUUUUGGUAG